CAAUUUUUGUGGACUACAUGUGGAAAACAGCUCUCCGGUGAUUUUGUCAAGGGUUGACAGAUGUAGAGUCGAAUGGCUGCUGUUUGUUUCGAUGGAAUGUUUGAAGUCUAUCGAGGACUUCAAACGAUAGCAGAUUUUAAGAACAGUUGAAAUGCCGAAUAACAAACCAACGAAAGCAGAAAAUUCGAAAGUUCAACAGUUAACGGUUGUCGUGCGAGUCCGUCCUCUGUUUGACCAUGAAAGGGAAAGAGGGGCUGUUAAAAUCGCAAGGAAAGCAGAUGACAGGAUGGUGCUUCUACAGGACCCGACAGCUGGAGACCCAGUUGACAUCCUCCGUGCCAAAAGAGCUCAAGAGAAAAAGUACAUUUUCGACUGGGCCUUUGACGAGAAUUCCUCACAGGAGGAAGUUUACGAAAAGACGACGAAGAAUCUGGUUGAAAACGUUGUUGAUGGAUACAACGGAACAGUCUUCGCAUAUGGUGCCACAGGUUCUGGUAAAACACAUACAAUGGUAGGGGUAGAUGAAGACCCUGGGAUAAUGGUGCGAGCUCUAGAAGAUCUUUUUAAAGAAGUCGAUUUGAAAAACAAAAUGCAUAAUGUCUCAAUGUCUUAUUUGGAGAUUUACAACGAGAACAUUCGAGAUCUGUUGAACCCUUCCACUGCUCAACUUGAACUUCGAGAAGAUGCCAAAGGGAACCAUCAAGUAGCGGGUCUGUCAGAAGUAGAAAUAUACUCGUCAGAAGAAGUGAUGUCCCUUCUGAUGCGGGGCAAUAAACGACGAACCCAAGAAUCCACAGGUGCCAACAAGACGUCAUCUCGCUCCCAUGCUGUUCUCAUGGUGCAGGUGAAGAAGCGGAGUCCGGCCCACAGCCACCAGCAAACAUUGCGGACAGGAAGACUGUACAUGGUGGAUCUGGCGGGAUCCGAAAGAGCAGCCCAGACACAGAAUACAGGGAAACGACUGUUGGAAGGAGCUCAUAUCAAUAAAUCUCUACUUGCUCUUGGAAACUGCAUCAAUGCACUGGCGGAACGGAACACACGAUACGUGAAUUUCCGAGACAGCAAGCUCACUCGCAUCUUGAAGGAACCCCUGGCGGGAAACUGCCGAACUGUGAUGGUCGGACAUAUCAGCCCAUCUCAUUAUCACUUCGAAGAAUCUAGAAACACUUUAGCAUAUGCAGAUAGAGCUAAAAACAUCACAACGAAGCUGCGAAGUAACGUCUCAGACGUUUCUUAUCACGUUGCUCAGUAUCAGACAAUCAUCAACGAACUGCGUCAAGAGAUUGAAACGCUGCAUCACAAGAUUAGCGUAUCCAAGAAUUUACAGAACUCAGAUGAUAAGAGAGAUGACGAAUCAAAAGAUGAGAAAAAACUUACAGAUGUAGAAAUGAAGCAAGUAAAAAAGCAGUUAAUAAGCUCUUUCAACGCCCAAAUGGAUGUUAGGAGGAGAAUGAUGGAGAUAGAUAAUCAUCUGCUAGCUCAAAGUAUAGAAUUUGAUAAGCUUGGUAUGAUUAUUAGCGAAUGGGAAACAGAGAAAGCAGUUUCUGCCUUAGAAAAUGACAAAGAAGACGAUAGCAAUGGAGCGGAUAUUGACAAAAAUGAUUUAAAGAAUGAAAUGCCUGAACAUGUUUUCCACGCUUGGGAAGAAUUGCAGUUUCUUAAAGGUCAACAUGAAAGGUACUUGGAGAUGCGGCAAGAUUGUGAGAAUGAUUACCAAAGUUGCAAAAACAAAACUCUCUCAGUGACGGAGUCUCUUUCUGAAAAGGCUAGUUCGAGGGAGCAAAGAGAACUUCUGCAUCUGUUAACUCGGGUGUAUGAACUCGAAAUUGAAAAACUAGAAAUGCAGUCUGCUCAGCUGAGCAGAGAACACGAGCUUCGUUGCAGAGAUCUAAUGAUUCUGCGCUACGACAGACAGCGACAGCUCUGCGACGAAAUCAUCACCAAACAGCGAAUCUUAAUAGAUGCUUUAGCUACUGGGGAAAAAUCUAAAAAUGCCAAUGCCAGAAAAGAGCUAAACGAACUGUAUCGUAUCUACCAACAAGAAAUAAAUGAUUUGAAUAAUGGAAGACAUUCCGAUCUUGGGCAGCUCAGUCUUUACGAUAGUCUUUACCGACCAACAUCUAGCGGACUGCGUCCUUUGGGUAGUAGUGGUAGCAUGUUGGAACUUCAUCAGCUGGAGUCCAGUAAAAGCCCAGAUUCUAGGACAUCUAGAAUUCAAAAUCCUUUGCCACCCAUAGGUGCUCAAGGAGAGACUGGUGACAGUGACAAACGCUUGUUCCUAAGACGGAAACGUCAACCGUACCGAAGGGGUUCUGACGACGACAGCAUCGGACCACCCCAUCUGCCGCCACUUUCCAACAAUCCCUUAGACCUUAGAACUCGCAGAGCAAAUUCUCGAUUUUCCAAUUCAUCGUCCAACUCUUCUACUUCUGUGACCGAUAGAAGUUACAGAUCAUCGUCCAUAACUAGUCCCCUUGAAUUCGUGCCCUAUUCGAAUACAAGUUCUAAUGGUGGAAGCAGUGAUUCUUCUGAUCCUACUCGUGAAAAAUUAAAGAAAGUAGAAGAAUUUGAAGAACCUUUGAGGAAAAGAUUUGGAAUAUUACCUUCUCUAAGGUUACGCAGAGGAAGAGGUACGAGUUCGGAUUCAGAAGUUCUGAUUUACAACAAAAUAGGCGGUAAAGAAGUUGGAAAUCAGAAUGGCAAAAAGAUGUAUCAGCAAGGUCGAAGGCAGGAGAUAGCUGAAGUUAGAAGGAAUAAAAACUGGUCUAACAGUAAAGCAUUCGGAUACUGACGAGUCUAGUCAUUUUUUUUAGUGUGUACAAGAGAUUCAUGUUCGAAUGGUUUGUCAAGUGGCUCCCACCUUGCAUACAAUCCUAGAAAAGCAUUUACGAACGAGAAAAUGACCAUUUCUGUCCUCUCUUCCGUGUUGGAAACAACAACAAACUGUGCUUCCACUAAAAUAAUUCAUAAAUCAGGAAACACGACAAGAAAACUGACAUGUUGUUUGAAAUAUUGUUGAAAAAUGUGUUGCUUUUAAACUGUACAGAAUUGUUCCUGAGUGUGUUCUUCUUUUGAAUGACCGUAAAAUUAUUAAAAUAUUUAGAUUACAUAAUUUUCAUUUGAAAAAAACUCAAAUUGAAUUUGCGAGUUUUGUUUCAUUUUCUAGCAUUGUGUGUAUGUUUUGAUUUUUAUGCUUUUUCCUG